AUGUUACUUUGCCUACUAUACUUUACAUCUUCCUGGUGCUCAGGAAGUGAUGUCCCUGACGUGUGCACAAACUCUGGAAUGAUAGCAAUAAACUUUGUGGACGGUCCUGUCAGAGGCGUGACCGAUAGGAUUCUCAACACCCUAGAUGAGCUUGGCGUGAAGGCCACCUUUUCGUUCACAGUGAACCAGAAGGCUGUUGGGAAUGUGGGGCAGCUGUAUAGAAGAGCUGUUGAGGAGGGCCAUAAUGUGGCGCUAAGGGUGGAUCCCUCAAUGGACGAGGGAUACCAAUGCCUUUCCCAGGAUGCCCUGGAAAAUAAUGUGGAUAGGGAGAUAGAUACAAUAGAUGGGCUUAGCGGCACCGAGAUAAGGUAUGCUGCGGUGCCCAUAUGCAACGGACAGGUGAACUCGGAGAUGUACAACAUCCUCACCGAAAGAGGAGUUCUUCCUGUGGGAUACACCUUCUGCCCGUAUGAUUAUGACGAUCCCGUUGGAGAGUUUGAGAGCAUGAUAGAGGGGUCCGAUCCAAAGCACCAUUCAUUCAUCAUUCUGAUGCACGAUGGGCAGGAGGCAGACACCUCACGCCUGGAAAAUAUGGUGAAAAUAGGAAAGGACAAAGGAUAUAGGUUCGUCAACAUGGAUGAGUGCCUCCAAGGAUACAAGGGUGCACCUGGAGAUCCUGAGCUCAGCCUGAGAGGAAAGGGCGUUGAGAGCAUAGGAAAGGGAUUCCUGCCUUUUUUCCUCAUGAUGUUAGUAAGGCUUCUGUAA